AUGAGUCUCUCAUCCCGUGCGCUUUUAGCUUUAGCAGCCCUUUCUUCUCUAUCGCUCGCUAAGGAAGUCGGUUAUUUCGACUCAUCCUCAUGCGCCGAUCCCAAGGGCUUCGCAACGUGCUACGAGAAUGCAGACACCACAUACGCGAACUGCGUAAACAACAAUUGCGCUGGGGGAAGUGAAUCCUGCUACAACUCAUGCGGUGGAAGCACAUCCUGCAUGAACGAGCAGUGUCCUGGUCUGGGAAUCGACUGCAUCAACGCUUGUGAAUGCGAAAGGUCCGCUCUUCAGAUUGAUUGUGCAGGCCAGAGUUGCUGGAACCAGGUCUACUCUUGCGAGUAUCAAGCUACAACCCUGGACUACCUCAGCUUCUGUCUCAACCCAGACCGAGAUGGAUUACCGUACUGGCCGACACCGGAUGAUGCCCCUGAUUCCUGUUCCUGCAACACCGGUCAAAUCGAACAAAAAUUGUACCUGAUUACCAAUCAGAUGGAUACGUGCUCGAAUAACCAGACAAAUAUCGGUCAAGUGAUGACCGAUGUUGACGCGAUAAAUGAGUACGCCCAGGCAUGUAUCUGCUGUUCAUUCAGUGCUAUUAUCUCCGCUAUCUGGGGCACCUGCCCUGACACUCAACCCUCCCUAUUAGCUGCAGAUGAAUGGUUUGCUGGCCUUCUCAAUCCCGGCCACUGGGAAGACUGCGGACCUUACCUCGAGAACUAUGAUUGCGCUGGCGAUCUAGGCUUUGGUCGUGCCGACGCUGGUGGGAUUACCAAAUUCUACUCUCCCGGCAACCUGCCGACCAAUGGCACGAAAUCCUUGUAUAAUUUGGAUGGCGUCGUCUCUACCCCGGUCAGUGGUGAUGUUUUCACAUGGACCUUUGCAUCAUCGUUGGUGCACACUGUCACUGUAUCUUCGGCAGACGCUACUGCCACCGGCGCAAAGGCUAGUGGAGGGAGCGAUGCUACUGCAACUGGUACUGCAACGAGUACUGCGACUGGUACGGCAGAGAGUGAUGCAAAGCCUGGGGUGGGGUCUUCUUUGAGAGUUCCCUCCUGGACGAUCGCUGGCAUUGUUGGUAUCUUGAUUCUAUCGACUAUCUGA